AGGUGUGGGGGUGAAAUGGAGAGAAGGGAUUGCUAUGAAGGAGGUGUUUGGCUGGACUCUGCUCUCUGGUAUUUCUCUCUAUACCUGUUGCACGGGUUGAGUGUAGUCGUGCAGUCUGAUACUGUAUGUAAAGUGCUCCUCUCUCUCCUGAGUUCAUUGCUUGAUGUCUUCCUGAAGCUAUUGGGGCUGAGGAAGAAUGGUCCACCCAUCACACUGGAAGACCCAAACACCAAGUAUCCGCUGAGGCUGAUCGAUAAAGAGAUUGUGACCCGUGACACCAGGAGGUUCCGCUUCGCCCUCCCGUCCCCGAAUCAUGUGCUGGGGCUGCCUAUCGGGCAGCAUGUCUACCUGUCGGCCAGGAUCAGCGGGCAGCUGGUGGUGAAGCCCUACACCCCCGUCUCCAGCGAUGAUGACAGAGGCUACGUGGACCUGGUGAUUAAGGUUUACUUCAAAGGAGUUCACCCCAAGUUCCCCGAGGGGGGGAAGAUGUCGCAGCACCUGGAGAGUCUGCGGCUGCAGGACACGGUGGACGUCCGCGGCCCCAGCGGCCUGCUGGUGUACAAGGGCCGAGGGCAAUUUGCCAUUCGUCCGGACAAGAAGUCUGAAGCCAAGGUCAAGGAGGUGAAGAAAGUGGGCAUGAUCGCUGGUGGCACAGGCAUCACCCCCAUGCUCCAGCUGAUCCGAGCCAUCGUCAAGGAUCCCGAGGACACCACAAUUUGCCAUCUGCUGUUUGCCAACCAGAGUGAGAAGGACAUUCUUCUGCAAGCCGAGCUGGAGGAAAUUGAAGCCGAGAAUCCUCACUCUGUGAUCAUCUGGUACACCUUGGAUAAAGCUCCUGAAGGCUGGAAAUACAGUGAGGGGUUUGUGAGUGAGCAGAUGAUCCGGGACCACCUGCCCCCGCCAGCAGACGAUGUGCUGAUCCUGAUGUGUGGCCCCCCGCCCAUGAUAGAGUUCGCCUGUAACCCCAACCUGGACAAACUGGGCUACGGCCAGGACACGCGGUUUGCGUAUUGAGCGUUGGUCCAGAAACGGAAUUGGACUUAGGACCAGGAUUCCACUUUUAUAUAAGCUACCUACUUAAUCGCAAAAUGCCAGUGUCAUUACAGCUGAAACGAAAGGCAAGAUAUUGAGGAGGGUGGUCUUGGCCGGCUGUCCUCUGAACCGCUACUGCUUCAUUGUAAUUUUGCAAAGUGCUUGGAGAUGUGCUCUGGGCUUGUCACGGUGAUCACACAAAGGCUGGUGGUGGGGCUGGCCUGUGGGUGAUAGUUGGUGAGAGAAUGCACUUUGUGCAGGAGACAGACAGGACCACAGGAGUCCUGGUCACAGGUGUGAAUGACUGUUCUGAGGCCGGGGGGGAGGGGGGGGAAGAAGGUUAUUGAAGGACAACAUUCACCAGUCAUGGGGUGAUGAGGAUUGGAAGUAUGGGACCAAAGAUGAGGCUGCACAGUGUGGCCAGCACCAUCAUUGCAAGGGGACAUUUCCAUUAGACACCCGCUUGGAGUAUCUUUGCUGAGUUUGCAUGCACUCCUGGUCUUCCCUGAAACAUUGGACAUACGAUUAAGGGAGCAUUGUUAACACUAUCUUCAGUGAAAAGCCUGCAGAGAGGGAGCAGACACCUAUCAGUUGUACAACCCUACAGCCCACGGUAUCCAUGAUCUUUGUACUUGCAUUGUCCACAGCCUCAUCACUUUGGUUAUUCCAGUGCUGCCACUUUAACCAGACCACCCAGUACUAAAUCCUUGCACUCUCUCACCCUCCUGUCUGCACAACCCAGACUUGUGCUUUGCAUGCUAUGCAGCCUUACCUGUCCUGUGCCCCUUCACCUCGCUCCCCACUUGUCAGCAGACAGCUUCCUGCAGCAGCUUGCAACAAACAAUUCCAACUUGAUUUGUAAUGGGAUUUUUAAUUGUCAGAUGAUAACUAUAAUAUUGUUUUGAGAGGAAUGUCAUCGUCUAUGCUAGUUGCCUGUCAGCCUUUGGAUAGUCUUUCCUAGAGAAAGAGCAGAACUCUGUAAACAUGGAAUGGACUAACCAGGUGAGGAAACAGCAAAUUGGAGCACACGCUGCACUGGGUAGAUUCCAGAUUACUUCAGCUGGCUGCAGGUUAGUCCAAUGUAAACUUGACUUCACAGCUUUGCAGCAGUUCAUGGUUUGUCCAUUGCCACAUCAUGUACAAAUGGCACAAAAUAAAGUUAUUAAAUGGCA